AUGCAACACGAGGGCUCGAGGGCUGUAGCGCGAGACGUGAACAUGACGUCAGACCACAUUCACAUGUUUGAAACCACCCAUGUUCGAAACUUCGGACGCGUCGGACAAUUCUUCACAUUCUCAGUCGGACUGUUAUACGAACAACAUUCUAUCUUCAUAAUGGAGAAUCCAGUGAAAGAGAUUCCCGGCAUAAUUCACCUCCUUACUCAAUCGCCUCCAUCGAUCCAAUACGAGACGAUCGAAACCUACUUUACCCCGACCGCCAGCUUCACGCACCCAUUCUGCCGCACAGGCAGCCACGACAACUCGCGAUGGCUCAUAGCCGCCAUAUACAGAUGGUACAAGAUCAUGUCACCCCGGAUCGACGUUAGCGUGCAAUCCGUUGCAUUCGACGAAGCGAACCUCACCCUCUACGUGCAAAUCUUUCAAAUCUUCAGGAUAUGGCUGGUGCCAUUCUACUACGCGCCUGUAGAAUUGACCACCGUGCUGAAACUGCGACAUGACAAAGGCGACAACAAAUACUACAUCCACAGCCAGAACGAUCUGUACCAGGUUGAUCAAUGGAUACGGUUCAUCUUGCCGGGAGGGCAUUUGUUGAUUUAUCUGUGGCAUGCGUGGGCGACGUUCUUCUGUGUCGUAGGGGCAUAUCUGCUCAUACCGGUGACUUGGAUUGAGGAGUACAUGGGCUGGGGACAAGGGAACAACGCGGCUUUGGAGAGGCAGAGAAGCAUGAGCGAUAAAGAUAGGGAGUGGAAGUGGCUGGAUGGACGGAGUGAUGAGCGGGUCGUAAUGGAAAGUGAGUUGCGUGGAAAGCUUCUAGGCUAGAGAGUGUUUUGUUGAAUUCAUUUAGAUUCAAAGAGAUUUGUUCAAGGUUGCAUUCAACCUUUC